GCGCAUGUCCCACUCGCGUUUUGUGUCGUCCCUCAUCUUCCAUUGGCUCCCGGUGAGCUGUGCGCGCAGCCCUCACACAGCAGCAGCCGUCAAGCACAGUGCGUGCAGCCGUCUGUGUGGAACCAUCCCACGCUGCCUGCCAGUCGCCGGACUCCGCUUUCCCACGCUGCCCCGAGAACAGAGAGAGACACGAUGGAGAAAAUGAGCGAGAUCAACGGACACGCGUUGCCAAAGUCGGACUCCACCGACAAGAUGAUGGAGAAGAGCGCGCAGAAGAGCUUCUUGGAGAAGGCGGCGGUGUGUCUGAGGAAGAACCUGCUCGUGAUCAUGACGGUGUCCGGCGUGCUGGUGGGCGUCGGGCUCGGCAUGAUGGUCCGCAACAUGAACCUGACCAAAGCGCAGAUGACCUACUUCGCCUUCCCCGGAGAGAUGCUCCUCCGGAUGCUGAAGAUGAUCAUCCUGCCGCUGGUCGUCUGCAGCCUCAUUUCCGGCGCCGCCAGCCUGGACACGCGCUCCCUGGGCAAACUGGGUGGCAUCGCGGUCGCCUACUUUCUGGUGACCACGCUGAUCGCCUCGAGCAUCGGGGUGGCCCUGGCGUUCAUCAUCAAACCCGGCGUGGGCGCGGGGGGGCUGAACACCAACAACCUGGGACUGGAGACCAUCACCAACGACAAGGAGACCACCGACUCGUUCCUGGAUCUGGCCAGGAAUUUAUUCCCAUCAAACCUGGUGGCCGCUGCUUUCCGCUCCUAUGCCACCGACUACAAGAUGGUUGCUGUGGGGAACGACACCAAUGGGACCAUCCUCUAUCAAAAGGUUCCUAUUGGUACAGAAAUAGAUGGCAUGAACAUCUUGGGUCUGGUUUUAUUUGCCAUGGUGUUUGGUGUGGCUCUGAAAAAGCUGGGAGAGGAGGGGGAGGAACUCAUUCGCUUCUUCAAUGCUUUCAAUGAGGCUACCAUGGUACUGGUGUCCUGGAUCAUGUGGUAUAUCCCUUUUGGCAUCAUGUUCCUGGUGGGCAGUAAGAUUGUUGAGAUGGAAGAUGUGGUUCUUCUGGUCACCAGUCUGGGAAAAUACAUUUUUGCUUCGAUCUUGGGCCACAUCAUCCACGGAGGCAUCGUCCUGCCUCUCAUCUACUUCGGCUUCACACGCAAGAACCCCUUCAGUUUCCUGUCAGGCCUCAUCACACCCUUCACCACUGCCUUCGCCACCUGCUCCAGUUCCGCAACUCUUCCUUCAAUGAUAAAGUGCGUUGAGGAGAAUAAUGGUGUGGACAAACGAAUCAGCCGUUUCAUCCUUCCCAUUGGAGCCACAGUUAACAUGGAUGGGGCAGCCAUUUUCCAGUGCGUUGCUGCGGUCUUCAUUGCUCAGCUCAAUAAUGUUGACCUGAACGCUGGACAGAUCUUCACCAUCCUGGUAACAGCCACAGCCUCCAGUGUCGGCGCAGCAGGCAUCCCAGCUGGCGGCAUCAUCACCAUCGCCAUCAUCCUGGAGGCCAUCGGCCUGCCAACCAAUGAUCUGUCCCUCAUGCUGGCUGUUGACUGGAUUGUUGACCGUACCACCACUGUGGUGAAUGUGGAGGGUGAUGCUCUGGGUGCUGGAAUCCUCCACCACAUCAACCAAACGGAGAUGAAGAAGAAGCAGGAGCAGCAGCAGCAGCAGGAUGAGGAGCUGGCGGAGGUCCGGGUGGAGGCAAUGGCAAACGGCCAGGCAGAGGAGGAGACCUCGCCACUAGUAAUGCACCAAAUCAAAGGUUUAGAGGGCAUGCCGGAAGCUAUCGAAUCUGUCCUGUGAACUCAGGACAGAGACCUUUAAACAAUUGGGACAUUUCUGCUGAGGGGACACAUUUCUAACUCAGUGUCCAAUGCAAAAAACAAGGUCACUAAUGGUUUCAGUUGUGAAGGAAAAUAGUGUCAUAGUAACAGCAUUGACAGUCCACAGUGUACUUGCUGCUGCUGUUUCAAAAUUUGGUCACUUGGACUAAUGUCUCAAUAGUUGGAUUUCCAUCCAAGGGUUUAAAUGCAAUUGGGAUAUAAUGGAUAUGAAAAUCAUUAACGUUGAAAACAAUUCCUCAGUAUUGCAAAAACAUUAUUUUAAUUUUCACUCAAAGCAGAUUUUUUGUACUUCUUAAUCUUUAUUAAAGCAUUUUGUGAUAAACAGUAAUGGAAACACACUGUAAAAUAUCUUUAAACCAUUCCCAGAAAUGUAAUAGUUCUGUCUCUGUGUCUAAUGCGCGAUCGGAAAUGCUCAUAGCCAUAAUUUUGUAUGUCAGAGCAUUAUCCAGUGCAUUUCUUUGUUUUUAUCUUCAGACAGCAAAUACAGUGACAAACUAUAAAAACUAACUAUUUUCCAAAAUCUGACUAGUUAAAAUAUCUGCGAGGGUCUGUCAUAGCUUGUAGUUUCAUGUUCAGGAAGUCAAUUAACUCGACUGGUGGAGACCAAAUUCUCUCUUUCUAUCGAAGUCAGAAUGAAAAAGGAACUUUUGUUCCCAGGUUUGAACGAAUGGUCACAAUCCAGAGAUAUGUUUACAGGAUGCUCCCAGUCUUUUGUUUGCUGACCAUCAGUUGACAAUGUCAAACAUUAACCCUUCAAAUGAAAGGUUAAGAAUUUGACCAAUUUUUUUAACAAUUUGCUUCAUCUGGUUCAGUAUGGUAAGUUAAAUGCUGGACCAAUGGCGAGUAAACAUACUCAUAGUAUGUCACUGGAAAAUCCCUGUCUAGUCCGUUUAUCCCAAAUAAACAUAAUGUUGCGUUAUUUACAUGGUUCUCUAAUCCUCUUAAAUAGCCAAAUGGAAACAUGAUAAGCCAUGAAUAUGACCAGACUUCAUCUCCCAUUUCAUAUCAGCAUUUUACAAUCGUGUCACCAUAACUUUGUUAAGACAGCAGGUAAUUUCUUUUACAAAUCCGCUCCACUAAUAAUGGCCACACUCUGAAGACCCAGUCAUCUCAGCUAACUCUCUAAAGUUGCAUUUAUGCACCAAGGAGUCUGAAAAGUAGCUAGUUUGUUUAGAUUUUUGUUUGCUAGUUCGCCAGCUAAAGCAGUGUUAACAUGCAGCAGUCAAUUAGCUAUGACUAAUUCUCUUAUUAACUAAUUGUGGUAAUGGUUAUAUCAGGUUUUUAGACUAACCUGAUACUUUGGUUGGCAAGAUACUAGAGGAAUUCUAGAUUUAUCUAUGGUGGAAAACAAUAGAUCCCAGUCAAAACCAGAACAGAAAUUAAGCUCAUCUGUUCAGUCCUGUUGAGACAGCAGAGUAAUAACUGGAUAAAUACCAUUCUAAGCCAAAAGUUGAAGACCUCUAUCAUGGCUGGAGUUCUAAAACCCUGCUGUACGUUAGCAUGUCUGUCCUUUUGUUCCCUUGUCUCAAAGGUAAUGUUUUUUUUUUUUUGUUAGAUGCCUGAAAUAAGGUCUGUGGUUAACAUUUUGCCAUUCAUUUCUUUAUUCAAUGUAAAAAUGGCAUUGGCUUUUUGUCUAGGUAACAAGGGGGAUGCUUACUGUGCAUUCACAUGCAUUUCCAGAUUUGUGAAGCCAUAGUUCCGACUUCAGUGUGUUUAAAAUCAUUUAAAACAUAUAUAUUAUAAAAUUAUGUUAAUUUGUUUAUAAGUGAUGAUGUCAGCAACUUGGCAACUCGUGUUGUUUAGACUUAUGAUGGCGUUCACAUGAAUUUUCCCAGUUCGAAACACUUUUUUCGGGUUUUGCGACACAACUUGAAUGCUCAAUAAUUUCCAGGUUGGCCUACAAAAGUAUGUUAAUUGUCUCUGUAGCCCUUAAAUUGAAGGCAACUUGAGGGUCUUAUAGGAUCUGACAUUGCCAGUCAUUGACAGAAUUCCAUAUGGUCAAAUAUUGGUACUGUAAACACACUGGUUAGACAUCAUGAAAACACUCCAGUCCCCCAUUUAUCCAAGAACACACAUUUGACCUAUGGUUGUCAGUGUAGUUGUCAAGAUUCACUCAAAAAGCCUCGUCAGAUGUUUGCACACACACUGAACCUAAAGUUCGCAAUAUACUAUAAAAGCGUGCAUCAUAUUCACUUUCAUUGGAAUUGGUAGUUAGCCUACGUGAAGUUUGCUAAUGCUUGUAUUUUAAUUGUUAAUUGUUCAGUGCAACCCACUCCCUGUCAGAAUCCAUCAAUCUUACCACUGAGAUCUUCAAUUUGUGGGAUAAACUAUUAGCUGUGGUUGCUCUAAAGGGAACAUUGGUCAUUGCCAUUAUUGUGGCUUACUUGGUGGGAUAUUUUUUUAGUGUGCAGUAGGCACUGCUCCAAAUAACUGACCGGUGCUUUCCCUCGAUCUAAGGAUACACGUCUCCUUUUAGGACACAGGACUUGACUGAUAGGAAGAGCCUGUGCUGCCCUCUAGUGGUGAUAGGCAUUAAUGUGAAACUAAAAAUGUGAAGGUGGUCGCAUCCUACAACUGUGGUGUCAGUCAGAUGAACGAUAUCAGUAACAUCUCCUAUUUAUUUGAUCUAUUAUUAUUUGUGUGGAGGAGCUGUUGAUAAGGCCACUUCAUUUCUCACCCUUGUGAUGGUAUGCUGUAUUUUUUAGAGGUGAAGGAUCUCUGUGUAUAUGAAAUUUCAUUCAUGUUGCUGUCAUUUUAUUUCUGAGAAACUCAUUAUGAUGCUGCUUUGGUUUUGGAUCAUGCUGCUCUUAAGAUGAAGUAGGCCAGUGUGUCUGAACAUUUCUUAUUCUUCAUUUCAGACUUUUCUAAGCUAACUACUGCUCUAUUAACCUAAACUGAACUGUAUGUGUAGGUUCUGAUGAGUUAAUCUGAUACAAUAAUUACAUGCAUUGUGCGACAUAUAUAUUUGAUAUUAAUUUAUUGUAAUUGUUUUAACUUUUUGUAUUAUUUGUACUUUCACCUUGCAACACUUUACCUUGGUGUCAAAAUGUUUAAAUGAUCCUACUGCAGGUAUUCCCUGAUAACAAAUUGUUGAAACAUUUUUUUAAUUUUUAAUGUUUUUAAAUGAAUUACCUGCUACCUUGCCUGUGCCAUGUCACUGUCUAACACUUUAGUGCUGUCUCAAUGCUCCCUCUGUCUGUCAACAUUAAAAGUGGUACAGUCAAAUUUUUCAUGCAACCAAAA